AUGUGUUGGCACCGCGGUGGAGACUACUCUAUGCAAUUCUGCGUCUUCAACGCCAACGCCAGGCUUUCGGUCUCUGGAUUCGUCCAGAUACACGUGCCACACCCCGGUGUGGCACGUCUAAGACAGAGCCAGGCUUGUUCUAUCGGCGAGGCCCUAACUAGCGAAUCUCUUUAUAACAACGGUCAAGCUGCCCCCUGGCAAGUCUCUGGGCCCUUUGCCGACCAUACUAUCGGAAAGGAAAACGUCGGACAGAAAAUGAAGUCUACUUGCUUCCUCAACGGGCUAAUUGCCGCCGUCAUUGGCCCCAGCCUGAUUGCCGCCUGCGGCCAUGACCAAGACAGCUGCUACGGCCCCCAAAACAAUGUCGAGUAUGUCCGCCAGGUCAAGCGCAUGCAGCCGGGUGCGCCCAAUGCGACCUACGGACCCAAGGGGCCUCUUGAAUGGGGUCAGAUCAACUUCAUGCACACGACGGACACGCACGGCUGGCUCGAGGGCCACCUCAAGCAGCCCAACUACGGCGCUGACUGGGGCGACUUUGUCACCUUUACCCGGCGCAUGAAGCAGACGGCCGGCAACAUGGGCGUGGACCUGCUGCUCGUCGACACGGGUGACCUGCACGACGGCACGGGCCUGUCCGACGCCACGCCGGAGGACGGCGUGCUGUCCAUGCCCAUCUUUGACGAGGUCGCCUUUGACCUGCUGACAAUUGGCAACCACGAGCUGUACGUGAGCGAGGUGGCGUACCAAAUGUUCAAUACCUGGGCCCGGAAAUGGGGCGACCGAUACGUCACGUCCAACGUGCAGAUCCGCAACCCGGCCACGGGCGCGUUCGAGUACGUCGGCGCCACGCACCGCUACUUCACCACGGACAAGGGCCUGCGCGUCAUGGCCUUUGGCGUGCUCUUUGACUUUACCGGCAACUCCAAUGCCUCGCGCGUCAUCAAGGCCGCCGACAUGGUCAAGGAGGCCUGGUUCGCCGACGCGCUGCACACGACGCAGCCCGUCGACCUGUUUGUGCUCUUUGGGCACAAUGCCGUCAGCCCGCGCGACAAGGGAAGCACCUUGAAGACGGUGUGGGACGCCAUCCGCGCCGUGCACCCGACGACGCCCGUCUCCCUGUUUGGCGGCCACAGCCACAUCCGCGACUUUGCCGUCUACGACGAGACGUCGGUCGGCAUCGAGGCCGGCCGCUACUGCGAGACGAUUGGCUGGGUGGCCAUGACGGGCUUUGACGCGCGCAACAGCGGCUACAAGGGUAUUGCUAACCCGCGCGGUGUGCCCAACCCCGCGCGCCCGGCCAAGACGAACGCGACGUCGCCGUUCCGCUACGCGCGGAGGUACCUCGACUGGAACCGCAACACGUUCAUCUACCACUCGCACCAGCAGCCGGGGACCUACGAUUACCACUCGGGCAGCCGCGUGACCGGGCUGAUCACGGCCGCGCGCGAGAAGCUCCGCCUCGGCGACGUGUACGGCUGCGCGCCGCAGUCGUGGUGCAUGGAGUGCGCGCCGUUUGACAGCCCGCAGAACCUGUUCCCGGGCGUCAUCGUGCCGGCCGUUUCCAAGAUUGUCGUGCAGCCGGCGCGCGCGGACAAGGCGCGCAUCAUCCUGGGCAACACGGGCAGCGUGCGCUACGACGUGCCCAAGGGCCCGUUUACGUACGACGACAACUUCAUCGUGUCCCCGUUCCGCGACGUCUUUCGGUACCUCAAGGACGUGCCGUAUGACAAGGCGCAGAAGCUGAUUAGGCAGCUCAACAAUGGCCGCGCCGACAAGCGCAGCACCCUCGUCUCCAUGGCCGUCCCCCAGGACGCAUGCACCAACCCGACCGCGGGCCACCUCGGACGCCGCGAGCAGCACGGGGGGCCCGUCCGCCGGCAAGAGGUCGUCACGCCCGGCUACGUCACCAAGGACGACUGGGGCACCGACGGCGACGACACCAACCACACGGCGGUGCCGUUUAUGCGCAACCCGGGCUACUAUGAGGCGCGCGCCGGCUUCCCGGCCGAGGGCAGCCCCGAGGUUGUCGACGUGGUGUUUUACGACUUUAUCGAAAAGUACAUUUUGCAGUACCUUGGCAGCGGAUUCAACGCUAGCUUGGUCGACUGCUACAUUGACUGCAACUUUACGUCGCAAGACUUUUUGCUGCCGUAUGCCAAGGCCGUCUGGCAGGAUAAUAUCAAUGACUGCCCGAUUGAUGGCAUCUAG